GUAGCCUUUGAAAAAGAAAGGUUACGUUGUACUUGUAUUAUUCCAUAAAAACACAACGAAGUCAGAAUGUCAGGGAUUUAUGAAAUGGACUCUGAUGAGAUGUCAGAUGAUGAUGAAGUUCCGGAUAUGCCCUCCCUCUGGCAUUCUGCGAUUCACACCAAUGGUGCAUUGUCCAGUCCAGUUUCAUCAUUAGAGUCCUCAUCACAAUCCUUUUCCUUGGAAAAGCUUCUGACAGAACACAAGGAACAUAUACGAGUAGAGAAAGAAGUCGAGGAAAUCAGAACAUUAUUACAGACAAAGAGCGGAGGUUUCAUAAAUGCCAUUGAGGAUGAUAAUGAACUGUCUGGACCUGCAGGCAAAGGACUUCAGGACCAACAUGCACGGGUUCUGAAGCAGUUUCACAUGCAUGACUCGUGUAUGCGUCAAGAGCGCCCAGGCAUGCAUGUGUUCCAUCCUGAGCGGUACCUGUGCAACUUUGACGCGGGUCUUCAUCCAUGUCACUGUGGUUUUAGAAAUGUGAAUGAUUCUGUGAUUGAGAAACACGUGCACAAUCUUGAAGCACAUGAGUACAAACAGCUGCUCACCAAGGGUGCCAUUCCACACUGCUUGGGGAAAAUAGUUUGCAAAGAUGAAUUCAUGAGAUGGAUGUUCUUGUUAAUGUCUGUGUAUGAAGACCAGGAAAGCCUCCCAGAUCUCUUGCACAAAGUAAUAGAGAUCGUACACAGGGAUCCAGGAUGGCGCCCUGCGGUAUCUGACAUAUGCAGCAUUUUGGUUAAUUAUGGUGCAACUGAGGAAGAACUUUUAGGGAAAAAUGAAAAUCAUUUUUCUGACAGGUGCAAGUGUUUGGUUCAGCCAAAUUAUAAACCAAAGUCUAAGGACAGCCCUUCCAAUGGAUUCAGUUUAGAAAAUUUAGAGGCGGUUCUUCAGGUGUUAACAGAAGCGCUGACUUCUAGCGAGAACAGCUACUGUGGGAUGGAACUCAAUGUCUUACUGCAUGCAGUGUGUUUGAUUUCCCUUGAUGUACGACUGGACAACAUGGCCCUGUUAUGUACCAUACAGCAGUGUGUCACGGCCAUUCUAGACCACUACACCGAGGUUGACUGGAGACAGCAGGUUUGUACCAUACAGCAGUGUGCCACUGCCAUUCUAUACCACUACACUGAGGUUGACUGGAGACAGCAGAGACUGUAUUUGAGCAGAAUGUUGGGCACAAUGUCCACAGUGGCGCAGGAGAAGCAACAUUUGGAGGCACAAGACAGGGCAAGCACUAACGAGCAGGAACAAUUGGAGGCACAAGACAGGGCAGGCAUUAACGAGCAGAAACGCUUAGAGGCACAAGACAGGGCAGGCAUUAACGAGCAGGAACAAUUGGGGGCACAAGACAGGGCACGCACUAAUGAGCAGGAACAUUUCGAGGCAAAAGACAGGGCACACACAAACGAGCAGGAACACUUAGAGGCACAAGACAGGGCACGCACUAACGCCCACAACAUGGCUCACAUAGUGGACGUUAUACUGCCAACAGAGCGGGGUUUCUACCUGCAUCGGGGCAUGGGGUAUGUCAUGCUGCAUAGCAUCCUGGGAACCUCACAGACGGUUACCGAUGAAGAGCUGAGCAAUCUAGAGAUUCAAGACCUCAUUCCAUUCAUUGACUACAUAGAUGACCUGUUGAAGACUGACCCUUACUUGUUGUCCAGUGUGAUACUGAUACUGGGCAAGUGUGUGGGGCCAAAUAUAUCACUGUCACCCCAUGAACAGGAGCAAUUGAAGAGUUUGAUGGAGAAGUUGAAAUGUAUCCGUGUCAGCGAUGAUCUUGGGAUACUAGACAGAACCCUGGUGAAGGACAUGAUUGCCAGACUCACUACUAGAUGGAACCUGAACAUCCAAGCUGGCCGCAGCAAACAGAUGAGAUUAUUUGAGUUCAGUUCACCAGCCAAGAAGAUGAAGAUAACACAAGUACAGAGCCUACAAGCUUUGUCAGACUCAGAUGACGAUAUGGAACAGGGCAAUGGUGAAAUGGGGACUUGAAAAUGAUGAAAUGGGGACUUUAAAAUGGUGGAAUCGGGACUUGAAAAUGGUGACAUGGGGACUAAAAAUGGUGAAAUGGGGACUUGAAAUUGGUGAAAUGGAGACUUGAAAAUGGUGAAUGGAGACUUGAACAUUGUGAAAUGAUGACUUGAAAAUUGUGAAAAGGAGACUUCAAAAUGGUGAAAAAGAGAUUUGAAAAUAGUGAAAAGAUGACUUGAAAAUUUGUUAAAUGGACACUUUAUCAUGGUUAAAUGAUUUGAAAAUUAUGAAAGGGAUAUAUAAAAAUAAGGCAAGAGAGACUUAAAAAUAGUAAAAUAGAGACUAUAAAAAUGCCUGGGGUCAAUGAGAUUAAAAGAUGUCUUAUUUUCAAUGUGAAAACAUAUAAAAGGUCAAUAUGCAAUCUCUUCUUUAGAGCCAUUGUACAAUGAAUGGUCAACUAAUUUUUAAACUAAACGCCUGUCAGCAGCAUUUCAAUCUCGUGGUCAAUAAUGCUGGUAAUCAUUUUACAGAAUGCACAUGUUUAAAUUUCGACCAUAGUUGGAUUUGACCUUUUCCCCCAAGGGAUGACAUACUGACUUCAAAUGGUGAGCAUUUGUGGUAAAUUAUUUACAGAUUGCAUGAUAAAUAAUGAAAAUGAA